AUGGAGCUGCGGAGCUACCAGUGGGAAGUCAUUACUCCAGCUUUGGAGGGCAAGAAUGUCAUCAUCUGGCUCCCAACAGGAGCUGGAAAAACUAGAGCAGCCGUGUACGUGGCAAUGAGGCACCUGCAAAUGGUACCAAAUGCCAAAGUAGCCAUGAUUGUGAACAAGGUGCAUCUUGUACAACAGCAUUACAGCAAGGAGUUUCAGCAGCACCUUAAGGACAAGUACAAAAUGAUUCCCAUAAGUGGCAAUACAGAUGAGAAAGGCUUCUUUGCACGUUUGGUAAAAGAAAAUGAUGUCGUCAUCUGUACCGCUCAAAUCCUGUAUAAUUCUCUCCAGAAUCGCAGUGAAGAAAAGCAUGUGGAAUUAACAGAUUUCACUCUGUUAAUAAUAGAUGAGUGCCACCACACUCAAAAGGAUGCCACUUAUAAUAAGGUGAUGCAGAUCUAUCUUCAGAAAAAGCUCGAAAAUGAAAGGAAACUUCCACAAAUCCUGGGACUUACUGCAUCCCCAGGGACUGGUGGAGCUAGCAGCUUUAAUGAUGCUGUGGAUCACAUUUUACAGAUUUGUGCUAAUCUGGACACGUGGAAGAUAAUGUCGGCCAAGGUCAACAUUGAAGAUCUAGAAAGUAAAGCCAGGCAGCCCAUCAAACAAUAUGACUUAGUGCCAGAAAGGGUUGUGGAUCCCUUUGGAGAUAAGCUUAAGUCACUCAUGGAAACCAUACAUGAAUAUCUUGGUGACAAUAACUUUAUUAGAUCUGACUUUGGCACUCAGCCAUAUGAACAGAAAGUGGUUGAAAUGGAGAAGGAAGGAGCAGUGAAGGCAGACAGAAAGAAAAGGACAUGCGCUUUGCACCUGCGUAAAUACAAUGAUGCCCUCCUUAUUCAUGACACUGUCAGAAUGCAGGAUGCCUAUGACCUUCUGGACAUGUUUUACAUUGAAGAGAAGUUCAUCAAGAAUACGAAUGACCCCAUUGAUGUCUUUCUCUGUCAGUUAUUCAAUGCUAACAGUGAGCACCUGCUAGAACUGAGCAAAGACCAGAACAAUGAAAAUCCCAAGCUAAAGAGGCUUGAAGAGAUUCUCAAAGAGCAUUUCCAGUCCUCGCUGGGUUCCCGUGGGAUCAUCUUCACUCGCACUCGGCAAAGUACCCACUCUCUGCACAACUGGAUCAUGAGUAAUUCCACUCUCAAAGAGCUGAACAUAAAGACUGCGGCACUAACUGGAGCUGGCAUCAGCAAUCAGACCAAGCACAUGACACAGAAUGAGCAACAAGAAGUUAUUAAAAAUUUUAGUAAAGGCUUGCUAAACCUGCUCAUUUCGACCAGCGUUGCGGAGGAGGGCCUUGAUAUCCCAGAAUGUAAUAUUGUUGUGCGUUAUGGUCUUAUGACUAACGAAAUAGCGAUGGUGCAGGCUAGAGGCAGAGCUCGGGCUGAGGACAGUUGUUAUUCAUUUUUGGCCAAAUCUGGAGGAAAGGAGAGCCGAAGAGAGAGGACCAAUGAAUCUUUGGAGGAUCUGAUGAAAAGGGCUAUUGAGCAUGUGCAAAAAAUAUCAGAGAAAGAAUAUAAUGAAACGAUUUUGGCUCUGCAGUUAUCAUCUGUCAUUGAACGUCAGGUGAAACAAGCUAAGGUGGAGAAGAAAAAGAAGUUCAAUCCUGAAGAUGUUCGACUCGACUGUCGAAAGUGUAGCAUUGCAGUUGGGCACGGCAGUGAUUUUCGGGUUGUGGAAGGCGCUCACCAUAUCAACAUUAAUCCUAACUUUAAAGUCUAUUAUGAAGAAUACACAGCACCUCUUGAUCUGGGAAAGAAAAUGGAGGAUUGGGUCCCUGGAGGAUCUAUCAGAUGCACGUUUUGUCAGCUGAACUGGGGCUUUAUUAUGAUCUACAAAGGAGUGCGUCUUCCGAUUAUCAGCAUUAGGAAUUUUAUAAUAGAAACUCCAGAGGAGCGUAAACCCUGUAAAAAAUGGAUGGAUGUGCCUUUUCCAAUAGAGCUCUUUAAUUACAAUCAGUAUUGUGAAGACAACGGUUUAGUUAUUAUUGAUGAUGAUGACGACGACUGA